AUGAGCAUCGGCCAAGCCAUUGCGCACCACCUCCUCUCGCGAAACCACAAGGUCGUCCUGGUUUCGCGGACUGAAUCUGCUCUAACCGCUCUCCAAUCCCAAUAUGGCAACGAGAAAGUAGCUGUACUCGCUGGCGAUAUGGCGGAUGCUUCGCUCCCGCAGAAAGCGGUUGAUCUGGCAAAUGAGCGGUGGGGUCGCAUUGAUUCGCUGAUUGUGAAUCACGGGACGCUGGAUCCGGUGAAGAAGGUGGCGGAUAGUAGUCCUGAGGAGUGGAGGAAGGGGUUUGAUGUUAAUGUGUUUAGUGCGGUUGGUAUGGUACAAGCCGCCCUCCCCUCUCUGCGCAGAACCUCCGGCACCAUCCUUCUGACCUCCUCCGGUGCCGCCACCUCCGCCUACCAAGGCUGGGGCUGCUACGGCGCGGGAAAAGCCGUGUUGAACCACCUUGCCCUUACGCUCUCUGUCGAAGAACCUUCUAUCACUACUAUCUCGAUCCGCCCUGGUGUUGUAGAUACGGAGAUGCAGCGUGAGAUCCGCGAAGUGCACCACGAGCGUAUGAGCGAGAAAGACAGGACUAAGUUCAGUGGGCUUAAGAAGGACGGCGGACUGCUGAAGCCGGAGCAGCCGGGGUAUGUUAUGGCGAGGUUGGCUGCGGCGAAGAAGGAUGAUGUAAAGGGGUUUAAUGGACAGUUUUUGAGCUGGAAUGAUGAGAGCUUGGGAGCUUUUCAGCAGGAUUAG